GUACCUGAGCACCACGGUGGGCACUGCUGUGAUCUCAUCCGCUCUGCUCAGCGACUACCAGGAGAUUAGCACCUCUGUGCACUACCGCCUGCAGCACCGCGUCCAGGACAUACCCAGUAAGCUGGUGGGGCCCAUCUGCGCCUUCUGGAACUUCAGCCUCAGCCCAGAUGCUGGUGGGAUGUGGUCCACAGCUGGCUGCUCCGUGGUGACAUCUCUCCUGGAUUCCACUGCCUGUUUUUGCAACCACACCACGAAUUUUGCUGUCCUGCUGCAGGUGUACGAGAUGCAGAGGACCACCAAGGAGGAGCUCACACUGCAGACUUUGACUUUUAUUGGAUGUGGAGUUUCCUUCUGUGCCUUGAUAGUUACCUUCAUUUUAUUCUUGGCAGUUGGUGUCCCCAAGAGUGAACGAACAACCGUGCACAAGAACCUGAUCUUUGCACUAGCUGCAGCAGAAGCUCUGCUCAUGUUCAGCGAACUGGCCAAGACCAACCAGGUGGUGUGUUUCAUGGUCACUGCCUGCCUUCAUCUCUUCUUCAUGGCAGCCUUUUCGUGGAUGCUGGUAGAGGGGCUUCUCCUGUGGAGCAAAGUGGUAGCAGUUAACAUGAGUGAAGACAGGAGAAUGAAGUUCUACUAUGUGACAGGCUGGGGCCUUCCAGUCGUUAUCGUGGGUGUGACCCUCGCAACUUCCUUUAACAAGUAUGUGGCAGACAACCAUUGCUGGCUGAAUGUUCAGACCAACGUCAUCUGGGCCUUUGUUGGGCCUGUUCUCUUCAUCCUGGCCGUGAACACCUUCGUGCUGUGCCGGGUGGUGAUGGUGACUGUGUCCAGCGCUCGCAGGAGAUCGAAGAUGCUGACACCCAACAGCAGCCUGGAGAACCAGAUUGGAAUACAGAUAUGGGCCACGGCCAAGCCCAUCCUGGUGCUGCUGCCCGUGCUGGGGCUGACCUGGGUGUGUGGGGUCCUUGUCCACCUCAGCAUCAUUUGGGCCUAUGUCUUCAUCGUGCUGAACUCCCUUCAGGGCCUGUACAUAUUCCUGGUCUAUGCUAUCUAUAACAGCGAGGUGAGGAAUGCCAUCCAGAGGAUGAAGGACAAGAAGAAAGCACUCUCGUUCACAAACUGCUCUCAUCCCAUCAACUACUUAUCAAGUCCAAGAAACACGACCUCCUGGGAGACAGGGAAACUGAGUCCCUCUGCAGCUGAGAGUGCCUUGUCGAGCCCUGGGCAGAAAGACCCUCCAGUGAAGAACAUCACCAACAAAGGAACCUUUGGAGCCAAAAUUCCCAUGGGGAUUUCAUCAAUUAUGUCACCCGAAAGACCGGCUGUAGAGCUGACAGCGUUCAAAUCCUCAG